AUGCGUGACGCCAUCCACAGAUCAAACAUUCCUUGUUCCGCAGUUGAUACCCGGCUGAGUCACAGCGGAGCAGCGAAGGCGUCCAAAAUGAGGUCAUUGUGUAACGUCGCUAUUUUGCUACUCGGUGGUAUCCUGAUAAAUUUGUCCACUUCGCUGCCAUUACUGCUGUGGAGGAAAGAAGCCCUUAAGCCUAAUUACAUCGAGAUUAGCAAACUGCUGGCGUCGUUGCCGUUCCAUCCGUCUGAAGGCCUGAUUUCCAACGGACUCAGCACCUCCUCGCCUUCUUCAUUCAUCUCUAACUGA